AUGAGCGACGAAGACAAUGACGCAUCAGCCUCGAGGAAGGGGACUACCAAAUUGCGUCGUGGCCACAAAAAGGUGAAAACAGGGUGUACUGAUUGCAGGAGGCGUCGUGUCAAGUGUACCGAAGAGAAGCCUAAAUGUCGUGCUUGUCAGCGACGUGGGGCUGAAUGCGAAUACCCAUUUCUCCAAGCAGUAUCCCUUUCUACAGACCGGCCUUCACAUUCACCAGCUUCGCAUCUAAGCUACAGACCCUCGCCUCAGCCUCGACAUGUCUCCCCACUUCCCGGUCUUGCUUCCAUCCUUAGAGAGCAGCCACCCGGUGACGCAUCUACCGAAUUUGGGAUCAGAGACAUGGCACUUCUUCACCAUUGGACCAUUUCCACCUGCCACGACAUAUACAAGAACUCAGCCUUGUCGCUUACGUUUCAACACACAUUUCCACAAAUCGCCUUUAAGCAUCCGUUCGUGAUGCGUCUUCUACUCGGUCUUUCUGCCCUCCACCUCGCAUACCUCCAACCAGACGAGAGAUUGAGAUAUGUAGGUGAAGCUUCUCGUUAUCACAACCAAAGUCUGCAGGGUUUCAACGAAACGUUGAAGCUACCCCCAGAAGAAGUCUCUGAUGCAUUAUUUGCUUGGUCGUCACUCAACGUUCUCUAUGUAUUCGGUAUCCAUGGUCGCUUGGGUCAAGACCUUUGGGAUGAUUCAGAACAUAUAAGCCGCAAAGAUCGUAUACUGGGCUUGAGCUGGGUUCCGAUGCUCCGUGGUGCUCAGACUAUGCUAAGUCCAUGCUACUUUGCGCUGAGAGAAGGUCCUCUGAAAGAUCUAUUGACGAUUGGAAACUUUGAAGAGUUGAACCUUGACCAGCAUUCGCACCCUGAUGAUCAGCAUUUCUGUCGUACAAGAGAAGUAUGGAAGAGCAGUCCUGAUGCUCAGACCUACGAGGAUACAUUACAAGUUCUCAGACGGUGUCAUAUGUUCAUGGAACAAUUCUCGUCAAUGGAAAGUGAAUCGCCAGGCGAAUCUAUCUUUAACAGAUCAUGGCAAGGUGUAUUUUUACUUGUGCCAUUUGCCCCCGAGGCGUAUUUCACUCUGUUGCAACAGCGACAACCACCAGCUUUGAUAUUGUAUGCGUUUUACGGAGCACUCCUGCAUCGGUUUACAAACGAUACUUGGUUUCUGGAAGGAUGGGGCCAAGAUAUAGUGGAUGUAGUAACAGAUCUACUGGGUUCAUAUUGGAGAGAAUGGAUAGCCUGGCCACUCCAAGUUGUCGGUGCAACAUCUUAA